UCCUCCUCCCCCUCCCCCUCCUCCUCCCCCUCCUCUUUUCUAUGAACGGAGAUUUGCGAGUUUUCCUUUUUUAUUUUCUUCUUUCUUUUCUUUUCUUUUUGUUCGUUCCCUUUUUUCGUAUUUAAGUAAGAAAACGAGAUAAAUCGUAGACACGGAAUUUCGCGACUAAACUAUUCGUCAAACAGAUACGACUCGUCUGGUGAUGGUGAUGAUAGUGGUGACAGUGGUGCUGUUGUUCCUGCCGCCGCCGCCGCUGCUGCUGCUGCUGCUGCUGCUGCUGCUAGCAGAUCCACGAGAGACGAUCGGUCGCCGAGCGGUGUCGCGCCCGUCAACCAUCUGUACUUCUCUUUUACGCCGCUUGAGCGCGCUCACUACGCACAGCUGACGGCCAAAGGCGUCGCUACUCAGGGAGCAUCCCUCAAGAAAAUUUGUAUAUUUUUAUUCUCUUCUCGAAAUAUCAAACGAUGUUACUUUUUUUUCUUACUCUCUCCUUAUCUCUUAAUUUUUCUUUGUUCUUCAUAAUUUAUGAUACGCUUCUUUAUCUUUUCUUCUUUUCUUUCCUACUUUUCUUUUUUUUUUUUUUUUUUGAUCCCAUUCAGUAUAUAUUAGAAAUAGAAAUAUAUAUGUAUAUAUAUUUCUUUUUGUAAAAAAUAAAAUUUUGUACAUAUCGUAGCAUGUAUCAUAGUGAUGAGGUUGUAAUAGAGCUGAAAGAAAACGUGAUUUUCUCGAAUGGAAAUAUCUUAUGUCAAUAAAAGGUAAUCUAACUCUUUGUAACAAUUUGUUUUUUGUCGUUUCUACGAAAAAAAAUUAUGUAAUAUAUUUAUAUCGAAUAUCAGUAUAAUUAUAUCAUACUAAUUGUAUGAUUUAUAUUUCAAUAAUACAUUAAAAAAGAACUUCGGAUAUUUAACGAUGAGGGCUCAUAAAAUUAAAUAAAAUUUUUUAAAAUUACACACACACACACGCGCGCGCGUACAUAUAUAUAACAAAAAACUAUUCGAACGAGACUAAAUAAAACACAGUGAUUUUUGUCGUUUACGCCAAUGCAUCGUCGCGGGCAUGGAGUAGAGAAGCCGUGGAGCUUCUUCUGUUAAGUCAAGUCCCGCGUUAUCGUGAUAAUGUUAGUUUAAAGAUUACAACUGUUACAUUAAAAUGAACUCGGCAAGUGUUAGGGACUAUACGUUUAUUGAAACGAUCGGAGUGGGUAGUUAUGCGACCGUUUAUAAAGCAAAACGAAAGAAACAAUUUUUCUUAGGAGGAACCAUGUGAUGUCGUCGCAAUAAAAUGUGUGGAUGCAUCGAAGUUGUCAAAAUCGGCGAUCGAAAAUCUCAUGACGGAGAUAAGUUUAUUGAAGAUAUUAAAUCACGAACAUAUCGUCAAAAUGAAGGAAUUUUUCAUGAAUGAACUACGAAUAUACAUUGUAAUGGAAUAUUGCGACGGCGGCGAUCUUUCAAAAUUCAUUAAAAAACGUAAACAAUUGCCUGAAAGUAUAUGCCAAAGAUUUUUACAACAACUAGCUUUAGCAUUGAAAUAUUUGAGAGAUCAUAACGUCUGCCAUAUGGAUUUGAAGCCGGAGAAUUUGUUGCUCGUGAGAAGACCUUAUUUGAAACUCAAGCUUGGAGAUUUCGGUUUUGCACAGUACCUAUCUAACACCGAAUACAAAUUUGCCAUACGUGGCUCACCACUUUACAUGGCACCGGAGAUCUUAUUAGAAAACAAGUACGACGCUCGUAUCGAUCUUUGGAGCGUUGGUGUGAUCAUGUACGAGUGUCUUUUUGGAAAGGCACCUUAUUCUAGCAAUAGUUAUAAAGAAUUGGAGGAGAAAAUCAAGGAACGUCGUGCAAUCGAGAUUCCAAAAAUGCCUCCUAUUUCUCGUGAAUGCAAAAAUCUUCUGUCAUCGUUGCUCAAGCACGAUCUUGAAGCUCGCAUAAGUUUUGAUGACUUCUUCUCCAAUACAUUUUUGGAUUUGGAACAUGCACCAAGCAGAGAAAGCUAUCAGAAAGGGUUGAAACUUGCACAAGAAGCUGUUAAAAAGGAUUGUGAAAAAAAACCGCAAGAAGCAUUCCAUUUGUAUUGCGAGGCCUUGAAAUAUUUUAUUCCAUUGUUGAUCAACGAUAGCGAUCCGCAUAGAAAAGAGGCUAUGAGGUUACACGUAUACGAUUAUAUAAGUCGAGCGGAGAAACUCAAAUUGCAAUUUAAAGAUAAAGAAAAUAGUCAGGAAAAGAAAGAAAUUACCCAACAGGUGGAAGAGACAGAAUGCGUUCCAAUGACAUCGUCGACCAAAGAGUCGCCAUCCCCGAUAAAUAUAUCCCCGGGAUCAACUUUUCACAAAUUACGAAUUCUCAGCAAAAGUACACCGAAUAUGGCCGAUGCACUCGACAUUGGAGAAAUUGCCGUGCAAUAUCUUUCUGAGGGCAAUUACAUUCGAGCUUUAGAAAAAUUUCAAUCAAGUUUAAGUGUCUUGAUAAAGAUGUUGAAUAGAGAACCACCUGGUCAUAGAAGAGAUCUACUUCACGAACAGGUGCAAUAUUGGAUGCAAACGGCGGAAAGUACAAAGGUUCUUUUGUCGACGAGGAAUAUGGAAUCUGUCCAACGUGCCGCUGAUUGCUAUAACGAGCAUUGUAUAAUACAAUAAAGAGGAAAACAAGAGACGGUAUUGUAAAAUAGAUGAUAUAAUCUUAUUUUGAUUAAGUAUUAUGUGUUAUUAUACGUCUUAUUUCAUCAAAUUUUUGACCUAAGACUGACUGACUAACUAAUUUAUAUAAGCGAGUUAUAAAUAUAUACAUAUAUAUUUAAGAGAAAGAGAGAGAGAGAGCGCGAGCGAGCGAGCGAGAGAGAGAGAGAGAGAGAGAGAGAGAGAGAGAAGUACAUUCCUAUUUUCAUUUACAUAUAUCAUUUCUUUAUUUAUAUAGAUACGUGUAUAUAGGAUGGACCGAAAGUUAUUAGAUGAUUUGAAAAUUCAAUUACUCUUUUUUGAAACUUUCUGAAUAAAUUUCUAUUUCUUGCAUUUAAAAAAAUUUUUUUUAUUCUGUUUUUUAUUUCUUUUUUUAUUUUUUAUUUUAUUUUAUUUUAUUUUAUUUUUUUUUUGGUCAAAUCGUAUAAUUACUAGCCUAUCUUGUAAAACUUAUAAAGUUUGAAAAUUUAAUUAAUUCUAAAAAAUCUCAAGAAACGGUAAUUUUUUUGAAUUCAUCUGAGAUUUUUGGCCCAUCUAGAAAUUUUUGACUUACCUUAUGAUAAUUAUAUAUAUGUAUAUUCAAUGUUUCUUAUUUUCUUUUUUACUUAAGUCAUCCCGCCGUAGUUCACCGAAAAAAACUUUUUAUUCUUCGCAUUAUUAUGCGUACGCGAAAGAACGUUAAAAUCUAAUGAGGGUGAUUCACAAAAGAUUUUUUGUAUCUUUUUUAUUCAUGCGCAUAACUUUCUCGUAAAACGGUAGAGCUUGUUCCUGUAAAAAAAAAAAAAAAAAAAAAGAAAGAAAGAAAAGAAAAAAAGAAAAGAAGCAAACAAACAAAAAAGAAAAUCUAAACAAAAGAAAUAUAUAUUUUAAUGUAUUUUUAUCUUGUAACGAUAUUAUUGAUGAGUACUAAUAAAAUCAAGCUUGAUUCAUUGAAAUACCAUUUUGUUCCUUCAAAGAAUAUACAAAUAAAAAAAUAAAAAAAUAAAUGAAUAAAUAAAUAAAUAAAUUAUUUAAAAAGAUCAUACUAAAUUAAUUUAAUUAAUCAAGAAAACUAAUGAGUUCUGAUAAAAUUCUGCUUUUUUAUUGAUCAUUGUAUUCUCGACAAAAAAAGAAAAAAACAGUAAGUAAACAAAGUAAUUAUAAAAAUAAAGUAUAAUAAAUUAUAUUGUAAAAAAAAAUUUUUUUAGAAAACUCGGUGCAUUCUAAACGGUUCAAAUAGAAAAGGAAAAAGAAACCUACUCGCACAACUAUGCUUUUCAUAAAUAUAUACAAACUAACUGAUACUCACGAGAGACCGACGUGACCAUACGCGUGACCACGAUAAUUUCCGUUUUAUAUUUAUAAAAACGGAUGAAAAUAUUUCAAGCACAUGUCAAUUUUAUGCGUGUAUGCGUGUAUAUAUAUGUAUAUGUGUGUGUGUGUAAAAUUAUAUGAAAGAAUUAUCUAUGUAAAUUGUAUUAAAUAUAUUCACAUUUCUUUGCUUGUUAUUGAAGAAACCUAUAA